AGUCACGUGACAAUACCACAAAUAAAGUCAAAAGACACAGCUAUAUUUCACAUUAGAGGAGCCACGCGCAUUUAUCACUCAGUUUUAUUCAACUUUAUUCACUUUGAGACUGCAAAAACGUGUAAAAAAAGUUGGAGUCCAUGGGAUUACAUCUGAGAAUUUGAAGAAUAAUAGUUUCUUGCAACUGCAGUUACACACAAACACACAAUGGUGUGCACAGGUGUUAUAGUGUUACUCUGUGUAUGUCUGAAUGUGUGCGCCGCUUUGGUUUGUCCUGAUGGAGGAGUAUGUGCAGACGGAAACACCUGCUGUCUAACACUGUCAGGAGGGUACGGAUGCUGCCCCCUGCCCAAUGCGGAGUGCUGUUCGGACCACUUGCAUUGCUGUUAUGAGGGAACUUUGUGUGACCUUGAACAUGCCAAGUGUGUAAACAAGACGCAUAUCUUAGAUUGGGUGGAAAAAGUUGCCACAAAGCAGGAGGCUGUGGUUUGUCCAGAUCAGGUGUCUGAGUGUCCCGACGACACCACCUGUUGCCAGAUGCCUGAUGGGACCUGGGGCUGCUGUCCUUUGAAAAAUGCUGUGUGUUGUUCAGAUAAGCGACACUGCUGUCCUGAAGGCACGACCUGUGACCUCGAGCAUUCAAAGUGCGUGUCACCCACUUACGGUCCCUCUCCUCUCUGGAGAAAGUUUGCUGCCCGCCGCAGGACAUCGAUUGAUAAACAAACAGAUUCACCUACAGAAACCAGUAACAUUAACGAUGUGGUCUGUCCAGACAAGGUAUCCAGUUGCUCAGAUAAUACAACAUGCUGUCAGCUGGCCAGUGGGUCCUAUGGAUGCUGCCCGAUGCCAAAGGCUGUGUGUUGUUCUGAUCACGUGCACUGCUGUCCAGAGGGCACAACCUGUGACCUUGUCCACGUCGCCUGUGUGUCAGACAGUGGGGUCACACCAAUGGCCGUUAAAAUCCCAGCCCUUACUUCCAGAGAUGAAGCCAUUCCCUGUAAUAAAACUGUAGCGUGUGCAAGCGGCACUACCUGCUGUAAAACCCUAGAGGGCGUCUGGGCCUGCUGUCCUCUACCCAAGGCUGUGUGUUGUGAAGACCACGCGCACUGCUGUCCGCACGAUACUGUGUGUAACAUCGCUGCAGGCACCUGUGACAACCCUGCUGUCCUCUCCAUGUCUGUGCCCUGGGUGGAAAAAGUGCCCACCUUUCCAAUAGCGGCCAAUCAGAAAUGUGAUGAGACGUCGACGUGCCCUGGUGAUACCACCUGCUGCCGCAUGGCCUCUGGAAAGUGGGGGUGCUGCCCAUUGCCACAGGCGGUGUGUUGCGAUGAUCAUAUCCACUGUUGUCCAAAAGGCACUGUGUGCAAUGUGGCUGCCAGCACCUGUGAUGGCGCCAACGAUCAGGGUGCCUUUAUUUCUGUGCCUAUGGUGAGGAAGAUCACUGCCGUGACUCCACCAUCCCAAAACCAAAACUGUGAUGAGACGUCUGUCUGUCCAACGGGGAACACCUGCUGUAAACUGAACUCUGGUGCUUGGGGUUGCUGCCCUCUGCCACAGGCCGUGUGCUGUGCCGAUGGUGUGCACUGCUGUCCGCAAGGAUCCAAGUGUGACGUCGCUCACCAAACCUGUGUCCGAUCUGGCCUUCCCAGCAUGCCCUGGUUCAAGAAGCAACUUGCGCAGCCGAACAUUAAUGCUGAGGUUCCUGCACUGAAACAUUCUGAGGACAGAAACAUGUGUGACAAUCACACCAGCUGUCCACGAGAUGACACUUGCUGCUAUAUGAACAAACUGAGCAAGUGGGGGUGCUGUCCUCUGCCAAAGGCGGUAUGUUGUAAGGAUGGAGACCAUUGCUGUCCCAGUGGUUAUAAGUGUAACGAAGGAAAAACGACCUGCACUAAAGCCAAUCACGAGAUCCCAUGGUACAGAAAACAGGAGGCCAAGGUCACUCAGAAGUCUGCGGUGUUGUUUGGAGACAAAGAUGUACAAUGUGACUCCACCACCAGUUGCGCAUCAGGAUCAACCUGCUGUAAAUUACCCACAGGGAGCUGGGGCUGCUGCCCUCUUGUCGAGGCUGUGUGUUGUGAAGAUCAUAUACACUGCUGCCCACAGGGCUACACCUGUAAUCCUCAGUCUGCAACCUGUAUCAAACCCUCAACUACAGACAGUGUCCCAAUGACACGCACACGCUCUGAUGAUGAAGAUGUGAUGUGUGAUGCAACCACACGCUGUUCAAAGACACAGAGCUGCUGUAAACUAUCAGACUCCACGUGGGCUUGCUGUCCAUAUAAAGAGGCGGUGUGUUGUAAAGAUAUGAAGCACUGUUGCCCUAUGGGAUACAAAUGUGAUAUGAAAGUGAAAGGUUGCACUAAAGAGUCCAUGGAUAGCUGGUGGGACAAUACACUUUAAGCAAAGAUGGUGCAUGCAAAAAGUCACUCCUACUGAUUUUAUACUGACGCUGUUCUCAUCUGCAAGCAAACAGGAUACAACUUGUAAACCGAAUUAUUGUUUUUUUUUCCUGGGACCGGGGAAUCCGCUUCCAGUGUUUUAGUUUUUACCAGAAUAGAAGUCCUGCAGUUGAGAUUAAAAUUUAAAUGUUACAUUUUAAUAUUAAAGAAAAAGUUCACACCAAAACAAAAAAAACCUUUUAUUAUUUACUCACCCUUGUGCCGUGUGAUCAUCCAAUACCUUUGUUCUUCAGAACCCAAAUGCAGAUUUAAAAAAAAAGUGUUUUGGGUUUUUUGUUACUAUGGAAGUGGACUCUAAUCGCAUCUUCAAACUUCAAAAGGACCCUAAAGUGUUAAACAAUACUCGAAAAUACAAAAGGGUUUGGUAAAAACUAACAAAAAUAUCAUCCGUUAUUUGGAGAAACUCCUGACCUGUGUCUGUCUUUUAGUGCACAUUCUCUUGUUUGGGCAGGUUUAGGAUGUUUGCUUGAAAGUAAUGUGUGACAACAGCGAAGUUGUUGUUGUUGUUGUUAUUGGUAUUAUUAUUAUUAUUAUUAUUAUUAUUAUUUAUUUAACACAUUUUGGGUUACUUUUGAUGUUUGAAGGGUUAACUGAUUACUAUGAAACUGAAACAAGAAAACUCGAUCAACAUCCACUCCCACAAUAAACAGAAAACCCAAAACAACACUUCAUAAAAUCUGCAUUUGGUUUCUGAAAAAUAAAAACAGACAUUGUGGGGAUUAAAUAACAUCAGCGUGAGUAAAUACCAAAGGUUUUGUUUUGGGGUGAACUAUUGUUUAAAUCUUUCAAAUAGACUCAACAGUUUUCAGUUGUUGAAGAGUUCUGGAUAUUUUUGUUUUUGGCAAUGAAAAUAUUUUCAAAUCUUGUAGUAAAUUUAAAAAGCUGCUGAGAUCUAAAACUGAAUGUAUCCAAACCCCUAAACCUUAAAAAACCUAUACAAUAUGAUUUCGAUAUUUUCCCAGGUGCGACUGGGAUGUGAAAUGAUCUCAUUUCUGGUUGAUUUAAAGGAAAAUGAUUCGCUUUUGAUGCUGAAAGUUUUAUUUAGAUUGGCGUUUUUGACUAAACGUAUUUAAACAUUUUAUCAAUGCCUAAAAAUAUUUAUGAAUAUGGGGUUUAGGAGGAACACAGAUGCCAUUCUCAUUAUUUACUAUAUAGUAUAUUUUAAGGGUGAGUUAAAUCUUACUGAGCAAUUGUUUGUUUUUGUUCAGAUUUUUUUUCUUUUAUUUCCUUAAAUUAAUUUGUUGUUGUUUUUUUAGGUUAAUGAUUCAAGCAAAAAGACUGAAUAAAUUCUUUUAAAAUAGA